AUGGAUAAGUCGACAACACAAGGCGGCGCUGCCGCCGCCUCGGUGGCCCCGAAUCAGCCCGCCAACAAGACGAGUGCCGUUGCGCCGACGUUGAACAAUGAGGUCGAGAUGGGAAACAUUGGGGGCGAUGCGCCAAACGCGGAGAACGACAUCAUGCAGAUCGCAAGAGUCGGGGACGUGCCCGCCAUGGAGAAGCUCUUUGAGUCUGGGGAGUUCGAUGCGACUUUCACUGACGACGAGGGCAUUACUUCCCUGCAUUGGGCAGCCAUCAAUAACCAGUAUGCCAUGUGCAAGUUCCUCAUCGAUAAUGGAGCAGAGAUCAACAAGAAGGGAGGAGAGUCUGUAGCAACACCCCUACAAUGGGCCGCCCAAAGAUGUCAUUACUACACCGUCAACCUCCUCCUCCAGCAUGGAGCAGACCCUCUCAUCACCGAUGCCCAGGGCUACAACACCCUCCAUAUCUCGACUUUUAAUGGAAACAACCUCCUUCUCGUUCUACUCCUCCACCAAGGCAUCCCCGUCGAUGUGCUCGACAGCUACGGACACACGGCCCUCAUGUGGUCUGCCUACAAGGGGUUCCCGCAAUGCGUCGACCUGUUCCUGCGAUGGGGCGCCAGCGUCCACACGACCGACGAGCAAGGCUUUACCGCUCUGCACUGGGCAUUAGUCAAGGGUUCGCCGGCGUGUAUACAGAAGCUGCUCGAAUACGGCGCGGAUAGGUUCGCAAAGACGGAAACGGGCAAGACCCCGGCUGUCACGGCAAAGGAACUUAACACGACCGGCGCCUGGCACAGGGCUCUGAAGGAGUGCGGGUACGACGAGGAUGCGCAGCCGGUCGAGCCGCAUUUCCCCGGUGCGCGCUUCCUCCGCCAGGAUAAGAGGGGGUUCGUCACCAAGUUCUUGUUCCUCUGGCCGUUCCUGCUGGUCUGGUCCAUGAUCACGAUAUUGGGCAGCAUGCCGGUGUAUGCGGGCUUGUUCUUUGCGCUGGUGGUUGGGUACAGUCUGCAAUGGUGCGCUCAACAAGUCAUCGAGUUCGCGCCGCCCGACAUGAGGCACUUCCACAAGACGCCUUGGUUGGCUGGUAUCUUCUCUGGAUCUCUAUUCUGGGUCGCUGUGAGAUGGUUAACUACCAUCCUGCCUGGGACUACCGGAUCUGCAGCAACUCAGUCGCAUUGGUGGUUGAACCUGAUCUUGGGUACUCUCCUCGGAUUCACGGCCUACUUCUACGCUGCCGCCAUGCGUUACGACCCUGGAUUCGUGCCCAAGAUGAACGGUAUCGCCGAGCAAAAAGCCGUCAUUGACGAGCUGCUCAAGCUGUGGAAGUUUGACGAGUCCAACUUCUGUGUUACGUGCAUGAUCCGGACCCCGCUCCGUAGCAAGCACUGCAAGAGAUGCGGAAAGUGUGUUGCGAAGCACGACCACCACUGCCCCUGGGUUUACAACUGCGUUGGUGUCAACAACCACCGCCACUUUUUUCUGUACCUCAUCAGCUUGACGCUGGGUAUCAUUGCCUAUGACAGCCUGGUCUACUACUAUCUGUCAGACGUCUCCGCCAAGGCAUCAGAGAGUUGCAACUUCCUGAGCCCAGGACUUUGCAAGGUUGUCAACGCCGACGGAUACACCGCAAUCUUGACCGUUUGGGUAUCUCUUCAACUCACCUGGGUCGGCAUGCUCCUCUUCGUGCAGUUUGUCCAGGUCUCCCGAGCCAUGACUACCUACGAAAAUAUGUUCGGCGUCCAGGACGGAUCAGCCACCUCCGCCUUUACCUCGACCGGCACUCCCCUGGACCCGAACCACCCUUCUCUCGCCACCCCCGAGACCCACGGCCACGGCCACGCUCACAAGCACAAGGGCGGCCGCCUGCAACAAUGGGCCCGUCUCCUCGGCGUCGACCCCUUCAUCGAGACCAUCCGCGGCCGCGGCGCCGCCACCCAGAACAAGCGCAGGAAGAAGAACCCCUACUCCAACGGCUGUAUGGCCAACUGCCGCGACUUCUGGUGCGACCCGGCUCCCACCUUCGGUCCCCGCGAGAACGGCUCCGCCAUGCUCGCCGGCGAACCCAUCAACUACGCGGCCAUGUACGAGAGCCCGACUCUCAUGGACAUGAGCAGGGGACGCAGGAGAGCGGGCGGUUACGAGUCCGUCGCGGGCGAGGAGGUGUAA